CACACGGAGAAGAAACGGGGAGUUUUAUUUACAUGUAUAUGUUAUCUAAAAGUGUACAUAAUAUUGAUUUAAUCAGAAACGAAAGUAGAAGUUGACAUAGGAAAGAAGCGGCCAUAUUUCUUCACCAGACCUGAGAUUUAGAACAAAGAUGAAAUUUUGCUGCUGUUUUUCAACAACGCAGUUGAGGCAAGAUAUGGACAAAGUAGACGAAUCUACUACAGAGUUCGCAAAACAUUUUGACACACACACAGCAGAAAUAAGAACAGUUUUUCAGGAAUUACUUAGUUUAUUCCAAGAAUCACUUAAUGAUGGUGCCGAUGAUAAAGAACAUCUUUAUUACAGAGAAAAGAUUGAGACGCUUUGUCUUCGUUAUGUGAAAUCAGAAACGGAUUUAGAUGCACUACAAAAUGCCGCAUUACUGUUUACUGAAAGACUUCUACAACAUUUUCCAAGUAAGAGGAAAAAAACAGAUGGUUCAUACGAAACAAGAUUGCUAGAAAAUUAUCUAAAAGUAAACAAAACAGAACUUCCAGUCUUAAGUGUCAUUACAAAAAGCGAUGUAAACACCCAGAGGAACAAGGAUAGAGAUUUGGAAAAGAAAGUUGUAAGUAAUAAAAAUGACACAAUAGCCCUCGACAGCAAAAUAAAUGAGUCAACGAAAGAAAAUCAGAAACUUAAACCAUCUGUUAGUUCUGAGGUUGCAGACAAUAAGAAGCGUAAAGGUCCAGGGAGGACAGAAUUGAGAGAAGAUGAAUUACCGUCUUUAAAGAAACCACUCUUGACGGAAGAGGAGAGGAUGGUCAAACGACAAGACAGUACCAGUUCUAAGCGGAAACUAGGUGACAUUGAUGGUACACAAAAAGAAUAUGUAUCAUAUUAUGGUACACAAAACAGCAACAAUGACAACAAAGUAAAAACUAAAAACAGUGAACUUAAUGAGAAGUUACAAAAGAGCGAAGAAGAUAAAGACACCUGGAAAAAAAGGACACUGCAAGAAAGAAGCAAAAAUGAACAAAUAAUACAAGAGAAAGCUGCAAUAGAAAAGGAAAUGAAUGAAAUUAGUCGUAAACUAAAAGUUAAAAUUGAUGAAGAAAAACAAUUGAAAGACAGUUUGGAAUCCAGAAGUGCAAUGAUAAAUGAAGAACAAUGCAUUUCCAAAAAACUUAAGGAGGAAAAAGAAGCUUUAAUGAGAGAAAAAGAUAAAUUUCAGGAAUUGUUGAAUGAGAAACACGCUGAAAUAGAUGAUUAUGAAAGUAGACUUGAAGAACUUUCAAACCUUUCUAGUAAGAUAGAGCAUGAUGCAUCCGAGACAGAAAAGAAAUUAAAAAAGAAAAUUUACGGCUUGGAACAAGACCUUAAAAAAGAAACGGAACAGAACAAGCAACUUAAAUCACAAGUCAAAGUACUGUCAGAAAAGAUUACAAAUCUUGAAACAGAAAUUCGAAAUGAACAGGAGAAAAAUGCAAACAAAGAAACAAAAAUUGAAACUGCAGCACUUCAACUGAAGGACGUAACCAAGAACUAUGAGGAAUUGAAGUUAAAGCUUGUACAAGCUGAAGAAAAUACAAGGUCAGAGUUGGAAAAAUCCAAUGCGAAAAUUGCAGAUCUUAUACAAGAUAAAACGUCACUGGCGAAGCAGCUGACAGGUCUGAAAGACAACAUGCAGGACCUACAAACUACCCUUACAACACAAAAGACAACAUACGAAGCAAAGAUUUCAGAUCUGAUGCACAAUAUGGAACAAUUACAAGAAAAGAAAUUGGAGGCAGAGAAAACGCUUGCUGCUCUUGAAGAAGGCCACAGGGAACUUCAACAGUUGUAUGAGACUGCAAAGGAAGAACUUGAUCAAUUUAAGCGUAUUAAGACAAUACAAAUUCAACUGUAUUACAACAGCAGAUCCUCUUUGAUUUCGAAAGUGGAAAAUGAGCUCAAAUCAUUGCUGAAAAGAGAGAUAGAAAGUAAUACGACGCAAUUAGAGUUCUUUAACCGUGAAAAGGUCAAUGAUAUUGACCCAAGUGAACCACUACUUAUUAUUUGUAUAUGUGCUUCAAGACUUGGUACGGAUGCAGCAAAUGCAGUACAGUCUUUGAAAUUAACAUCAAAUAUGGCAUUGCUAGUGUUUCACCACAAGGACGACAUGCAUACUGCCAAACCAGCCACAAUGGAAUAUGAUAAGCGAUCUUUAAGGAAAAGAAAAUCUGAUCAGAAUAAUCUUGUUGUUGACAGAGAUGUCAAGAAACUAUACAAUCCCCGGCAACAAAAAGUUAGAAAACAAGAACUGAAAGACGAGAGUAAAGAAGAAGGAAAACUAAAUGCCAAAACCCCAAUUAAAGAUGGACUUACGAAAGGUACUUGUAUUCCAUAUGAACAACCUGAAAAAAACCAGGGGAUGGUUGAAGACGUAGGAAGAGUAACAAGAGGAAAGAAAAAAAGGACAGACAGUGGCAAGAGCAAAGCGCCGGAUCAAAUGCGUGCCCCCAUACGAGCGAAAGGGAAAGAGUCAAAAGUAAAAACUCAUAACUUGCAAGAGAAGACAUCUCAUAAAGACAUAUUGAAAAGGAAGGUAGAAGCGUCGAAAACACGUCAACAAUUUAAGAAUAAUACUGGCGGAAUAACAAAUGAAAUUAAAGAUUUAGAAUGUCUGAAAACUAAGAACGUGAAUCUGCAAAAAGAAAUAAAGACGCUGCAGGCGGAAAAAUGUAAAUUGAAUAUUGAAUUGAACAGGAGUAAAGGAGAUGCAAAUAAAUGGAAAGAAAAUGCUUUGGCGGAAAAAGAUGACAAUAAACGACUUAAACAAGAGAGAGCUGCAAUGGAGAAGAAAAUUGAUAAAUUAGGUUAUGACCUCCAGGUUAAAAUAAACAAUGAAAACCUCUUAAAACAUGAUCUGGAGACUCAACGUACACAACUCAAGGAAGAAAUACGCAGUUCAAGAAAAUGUAAAGAUGAUUUAGAAGCGUUGCAAAGAGAAAACGAUAAAAUGCACAAACAGCUGAAUGACAAAGAUGUAGAAAUGGUAAAUCAAGUUGAAAUCCAGAAUAACUUAUCAAAGAAAAAAUUUGAGACUGCACAAGAACUAAAAGAGUUGUCCAAUAAGCUUAUUAAAAUGAAAGAUGAUGCGCUAAAAAAAGAAAAUAAACUACAAACUGAACUCGCCGAAUCUGAAAAGCAUCUUAAAACUGAAAGAGAAAACUGCUGUCAGCUUAUUACUGAGAAUAAGUUACUGUCACAAACGAAUAAAGAGUUUGAAACAGAAUUGUUUAAUGUUAAGAAAGAAAAUGAAAAAAGAGACAGGCAAAUUGAUAAUUUAGAACGUCAAUUGAGAGAUGUUUCUAGUGAAAAUAAAAUGCUGAAAAGUAAUUCGGUUCACAAUGAACGUGUAAGUGAAACGAAAAAGGCAACAAUAGAAAAUGAAAUGGCGGACCUACAGCGCGACAAAACAUUACUUCAAAAGAAGAUAUCAGUCUUGAAUGACAAAAUACAAGAGUUACAAGAAACCAUUACAACAGAAACAAAAUUGCAUGAGACAAAAAUCUUAGAUCUUAAGAGCCAAUUAAAAUUGGUUGAAGAUGACAAAUCAGAACUAGAGAAAACACUUAAUUCUAUGCGGCAAGAUCACAAGAAACUUCAACAGAUGUAUGAUACCAUUAAACAGGAAAUGGACCAAUUGAAAGCCAUUAAGACAAUACAAAUCCAGUUGUUCCAUGGCAGUAAAAUUCCGUUGAUUUCAAAGGUGGAAAAUGAGCUUACAACAUUAUUAAAGAAAGAGAUGGAGAACGAAAUGACGAAACUUGAAUUCGUGGAAUGUGGAAGUAAUACUGACGUCAACCCAGAUAAAACACUGCUGAUUGUAUGCAUAAAUGCAUCAAGACUAGGAACGGAUGCUCUUACCGCAAUUAAAACGUUAAAUGUGACCUCGAAAAUGGCAUUGCUGGUGUUUCACCAUAAGGAUGGACAUGCACUUCCAAGCCAGGCCAGUGAGCACGUACUGACGGGACACGAGUUUAAGCGUUUAGGCGGAAUUUUCGAUUUUGGCUUUCUGUCUGGCAAAGGCAUAUAUUCGUGUGAAAUGAAUGACCAAAGUUUGAAAUAUCUUGUAACCUUUUUAAACAAAUGGUGUACAAAAUAACGGUUUACAAUAAGUGAAACUCCCCGCUAAAAUGAGAAUGUUUCAAACAAUAAUAUACAGUACAAUACAGAAAAAUGCAACACUGCCAUUUGACACGUACAAGUGUAACAAUUUUAUAUGUUGUAAUAAACAUAAAAUAAAUAUAAAAUCUUACUGCUAUUUUAGUUUUUAAAUAAGUGUACUGACUAAACUAUAUAAUGGGAUGAAGAAAGGAAAUCAAAUAUUAUGUUUGCAUAUAUUUAGGCACUUAAAUGCUGAUGGAUAAAUAAAUCAAUAACAUGUAUGAAAUAUAAAUGCGCUAUAUUGUUAAAGAUAUGAUGGUAAAAUGCUGAUGAUGCUAUAACAAUAAUAAUUUAGAAUUGGAACAUUUUACUUAAAAGAUCCUGUAUGUUGUAAUAAAGGAUGUAACAACACUUAAGUGAACUUUUAUAUAUGUAUAUAAUUAUUCUUCAACAUCCAAGAAUAUUUCAGAUGUGUACUGCAAACGUUUAUGCGCAAUAUACGUAAUCAUUAAAAAGAUUUCUAAUAACCUCCCUUUAAUUACAUGAAAUGUAAAUUCGGUAAUAUCUUUACAAAUAAUGCAUUUUGAUCUUACAAUAUUGAUAAAUCUUCAUCUGAGCAUAAGAUUUAUGAUAAAAAAAACAUGCAAAAAUUGAGUUACAGGAUCUUUAAGUUAUAAAUAAAGAUAGAAAAAAGACUAAAAUAAAACUUAAAAGCCGAUAUGACAAAUAUUAUCUUAUUAUGUGCAAAUUAAGUAAAGUAUAUUUGAACAAUUAAAAUGCUUUG